UGUAAAGGAAAAAGUGCAACGAGUUGAGCGAUUUGUGGGGCUCCCUUCUCUCUGUUCCAUGGAAGUGGUUUCGAGCUCUGUGAGUGCUUGUUCUUCCCUUCAUUGCUGUCGCAACACCACAAUCCCUAGUAUCUCCAUUUCCGAGGUGUCAUGGUUGAAGUGUUCUUCUUUAAGGAUAAUAGAAACUCGGCUUUCAUUGGCCCAUAGAAGGAAGAACGAUGUUGGGUUUAGAAACAAGGAUUGUGGUAGAAAAGAAUUCUCACUUGGGGUGGUGCCACGGAUAAGUAACAUAUGUUCUCCUCAGUGUAGCUAUUUUUCAUCAAAUUGGGGUUUCAUUGCCCAAAGGAUGAAAUGUAACAGUCUUUUAAGGUUGAAGGAUUGUUCAGUAAACAUAAGACAGCAUGCCUCUAUUCUAUUUGUGCGGUUGGUUGCUGGAGUGAUGUUGGUCAUGUCUGUUUCUUUGACUUCCAGCGAGCCAUCUUUGGCCCUGUCUGAAGAGAAUCUCAUCUUUCUGGAGGCAUGGAGAACAAUUGACCGAGCGUAUAUCGAUAAAAGUUUUAAUGGACAAAGUUGGUUUAGGUAUAGAGAAGAUGCACUCCGCAAUGAACCAAUGAACAAUCGAGAAGAAACUUAUACAGCAAUAAAAAAGAUGCUCGCCACAUUGGAUGAUCCCUUCACCAGGUUUUUGGAGCCUGAAAAGUUUAGAAGUUUGAGGUCUGGAACUCAAGGAUCUCUAACUGGAGUGGGGCUAUCAAUAGGCUACCCUACCAAAGCUGACAUGCAACCUGGUGGACUUCUUGUCAUUUCAGCUUCUCCAGGAGGACCUGCAUAUAGAGCUGGUGUUUCGUCUGGUGAUGUUAUACUGGCAAUUGAUGAUACAAGCACAGAAAACAUGGGGCUAUAUGAUGCUGCUGAACGCCUACAGGGACCUGAAGGAAGCUCUAUAGCUUUGACCAUUCGUAGUGGUUUGGAUGUAAAACACCUGGCUUUAACGCGAGAGAAAGUUUCAUUGAAUCCUGUGAAGUCAAGAACGUGCAAGCUACCUGCUUCAGGAAAUGAUUCCCCGACAGUUGGUUAUAUCAAACUAACAUCUUUCAACCAAAAGGCAGCUAGUGCUGUCAAGGAAGCAAUCAAUACAUUAAGGAGUGAUAAUGUAAAUGCAUUUGUUUUGGACCUUAGAGAUAAUAGUGGUGGUCUUUUCCCAGAAGGAAUUGAGAUUGCCAAAAUUUGGUUGGACAAAGGUGUGAUUGUGUAUAUUUGUGAUAGUCGUGGAGUCCGAGAUAUACUUGAUACAGAUGGAAGUAGUGCACUAGCAAUUUCAGAACCCUUAGCAGUACUGGUAAAUAAGGGAACUGCAAGUGCAAGCGAAAUAUUAGCUGGUGCAUUGAAAGAUAAUAAGCGCGCCAUAUUGUUUGGAGAGCCAACAUUUGGAAAAGGGAAGAUCCAAUCAGUUUUUGAGCUCUCAGAUGGCUCUGGAUUAGUUGUUACAGUUGCACGCUAUGAGACACCUGCACACACAGAUAUUGACAAGGUUGGUGUCAUUCCUGACCAUCCUCUACCAACAGCAUUUCCUAAGAAUGAGGAAGCAUUUUGCAACUGCCUCCAGAAUCCUGCAUCUUCUUGUUAUGUCAACCGGGUCCAGCUAUUUUCAAAAUGAUGAUUUUUUUCUUUUCCUUCGGUUGUUGUACAUUAAUUCUUUGGACAAAUAAUUCUUUAACAUAACUUGAUGUUUUUAUUAAUUGAUGAAAGGAACUUUGUUGUCAUAUAUAUAUCUGGACAUAUUUAAAAACCAAAGGCAAGGAAAAC